CAGAAGCCAACUUGGAUGAACCAAGCUUACUUUCUCGGCUUACUUCACCUGAUAACUCCAAGAAACUUUAUCCGACCUGCAUAUUGUUGAGCUUUCUUCCUGCACUGCUGUACAGACCUGUGGAGCACUGUUCAACACUGUUACUACUACAUCUCUCCACUGUUACUUUUAUACCUGUUUUGGGUAACUCUAUCAUCAUGGGUAACUUCCUUGUGCGAGCCUUCGCAGCGUUCGUCGGCAAGCGCGACAUGCGCAUUCUGAUGGUGGGGCUCGAUGCCGCUGGAAAAACCACAAUCCUCUACAAGCUGAAGCUGGGGGAAAACGUCACCACCAUUCCAACAAUUGGCUUCAAUGUGGAGACGGUGGAGUACAAUAACAUUAGCUUCACAGUCUGGGACGUUGGGGGUCAAGACAGGAUUCGCCCGCUGUGGAAGCACUAUUUUCAGCACACCAACGGGCUGAUCUUUGUGGUGGACAGCAACGACCGGGACCGGGUGGCAGAAGCACGGGACGAGCUGCAUGCCAUGCUCAAUGAGGACGCGCUCAGGGAUGCAGCACUGCUAGUGUUUGCCAACAAGCAGGACCUUCCCAAGGCGAUGAGCGCUGCUGAGAUCACCGACAGCCUCGCCCUGCACACUCUCAGGCAGAGGACCUGGUACAUUCAGAGCACCUGUGCCACGUCAGGGGAAGGCCUGUACGAGGGCCUUGACUGGCUCGCCAAGAACAUUACACUGAAGGACUAGCUACACGGAAAGACAACUUUCAUGGGACUUCCCAGCAUCUGCAGAAUCUCUCGUGAUUCCCUAGCUGCGCACCUGUGGAAGCUGCUCAUUCCCUGCUGCUUGUUUUCUUUCUUCUGUUUCAGUUCAACAGCCCUUUGUGCUACUGUAGCUUCUUAUGGACAUUUCAUUAUAAUGUCUUUACAUGUACAAAGAAAAUGUAAUGAAAAGAAAAAACCAGG